GUUAUAUAGACAAAAAACCACAAAAGAAAGUAUAAUUUUCUUGUGAUCGGAAAUUGCAAAAAAGCCCAUCCAUCACAAAAGCUCCUUAAGGAAAAUUGCAAAAAAACCCCAUGAAUCCCAGAAACCCUCAAGUCUCAACAAUGGCUACCCAAUUGAGCCAGAAAAAGACAGCUUGCGUGAUCGGUGGCAGUGGCUUUGUGGCUUCUUUGCUGGUGAAGCUGUUGCUUGAGAAGGGCUACGCUGUGAAUACUACAGUCAGGGACCCAGAUAACCAGAAAAAGACCUCUCACCUCCAAGCACUCAAAGAUUUGGGGGACCUAAAAAUAUUUAGAGCUGAUUUGACCAAUGAAGAAAGUUUCAAUGCUCCAAUUACUGGUUGUGACCUUGUCUUCCAUGUUGCAACUCCUGUGAAUUUUGCUUCUCAAGAUCCAGAGAAUGACAUGAUCAAGCCAGCAAUUCAAGGAGUUCAAAAUGUAUUAAAAGCUUGUGCAAAAGUGAAAACAGUCAGGAGGGUCAUCCUGACAUCCUCUGCUGCAACUGUGACAAUAAAUAAGCUUCAAGGGACAGGUUUGGUCAUGGAUGAGAAAAACUGGUCGGAUACUGAGUUCUUGUCUUCUGAGAAGCCACCCACUUGGGGAUACCCUCUUUCCAAAACUUUAGCUGAGAAGGCAGCUUGGAAGUUUUCUGAAGAAAAUAACAUUGAUCUCAUUUCUGUUGUCCCUACUCUCAUGGCUGGUCCUUCUCUGACCUCAGAUGUUCCCAGCAGUGUAAACCUUGCCACUUCACUCAUCACAGGAGACGAGUUCCUGAUAAAUGGGUUGAAAGGCAUGCAAAUUUUGUCGGGUUCGAUCUCAAUAACACAUGUGGAGGAUGUCUGUCGUGCCCAUAUAUUUUUAGCUGAGAAAGAAUCAUCCUCUGGUAGAUAUUUAUGUUCCUGUGUGAAUACCAGUGUUCCUGAGCUUGCCAAAUUCCUCAAGAACAGAUAUCCUCAGUAUGAAAUCCCAACUGAGUUUGGAGAUUUUCCUUCCAAGGCCAAGUUGAUAAUCUCAUCAGAGAAGUUAAUCAGUGAGGGGUUCAGUUUCAAGUAUGGGAUUGAAGAGAUUUAUGAUCAAACUGUGGAGUAUCUCAAGGCUAAAGGACUGCUGAAUUGAAGUGUUUGUGUUUGUGUUGAUGUAUUAAUUCUCAGUAGCAGAGUAGCUUUGUAUGAAUGAUCUUGCUUGGCUGCAAUAAACUAAUAAUGCCUUUAGGCAAUUUGGG